CACUAUCCUCACGCCCUAUCUACCCUCUCGUACCUCUAACAAGCAAAUAUGUCUGGCAAGGGAAAGGCUGGCAAGUCCUCCUCUGGCAAGGCUGGCGGUGAGGCCGGCAAGUCCCAGUCCCGUUCCGCGAAGGCCGGUCUCCAAUUCCCCGUCGGUCGUGUUCACCGUCUCUUGAAGAAGGGCAACUACGCACAGCGUGUCGGUGCAGGUGCUCCUGUCUACCUCGCUGCCGUCCUUGAGUACCUUGCUGCCGAGAUUCUCGAGCUUGCAGGUAACGCCGCUCGUGAUAACAAGAAGCAGCGUAUCGUCCCCCGUCACUUGCAGCUCGCCAUCCGUAACGAUGAGGAGUUGAACAAGCUCCUCGGUGAUGUUGUCAUCUCGCAGGGUGGUGUCGUCCCCCACAUCAACCCUGAGCUCCUCCCCUCAAAAUCCAACAAGGGCAAGAAGGAGGGCGCCUCUCAAGAGGUGUAAGAGCCUUCUUUCGUCUUGUUUGGUCUUUGCUUCUCGGUUGUCUCGUAUCCUGUCAGGAUUUGUACACUGUAUCACUUUGUCGUAUGUGCCUCUUAAUUCGUAUUGCAUGACAUGUAUUAUGAUCCAUGAUUCAUGGCAGUUUCGC